GCUUAGGAAAAUCAAUUACUUUUACCUUACCAUGCUAUGAAGUUUUACACUCCUUCUUGUACGAUUAGUCCCCCUGUAAAGCGUACAGUAUUUUCGUGCUGGACCAUCUCCUGCAGCCUUCCGCCUGCCUCAUGGAGUCAUGGACUCAUGGCCCGCAAGUGAAACGUGGAGACGCCCAUACCUUCCUUCUACGCCCGAACCUGUCAACACCACACCACAUACUAGUACUUUCCCUCUCCCAAUCCCACCCCACAAUCCCUCCACUUACCAAUUGAUAUCCCCUCCCCGUCUUACUUCACCUGCAACAACUCGCAUCAACUCGACUCGGGAGCUCUCUCUCCCAAUCAAUCAACCUACCCUGGCGCCCUCCCGCUUCCGCAAAGGCACGCUCCUCCUCAUAAUCCUCUCCCUCCUCCUCUUCACCUCCAUCUCCUUCACUCUGGCGUCUUCACGCAUCGGGCCCAGACUGCGCAGUCUCUUCAGCCAAGUCCGUCCAGCAAUCUACAACCCUUUCUCCUCACCUGCACCCUCCAGCUUCCGCCCCAUCACCAACUCCACCAUGGCUCCCUCCCAAUACCAAACCCCGCCACAAGCUCCCCCGCUCUUUACAGCUACUGCCAGCUCCCUCGUCGCUGACGCAAAGAAACUCUGCGAGAACACUCGCUCCCUCUACGACACCAUCGCCGCAACUGUCAAGCCCGAAGAUGCCACAUUCGAGAACGUUGUGCUCCCCAUGGCGCAAGACGAGGAUGCCAUGGCGCUGCAAUCCCGCAUCAUAGGCUUCUACCAGGCUGUUUCCACGUCUGCGGAGCUUAGAGAUGCGAGUUCCAAGGCUGAGGAGAUCAUGGAUGAGUUCUCCAUCGAGGCGAGCAUGCGCGAGGAUAUCUUUGUACUGGUGGAUAAGGCCUGGGAGAAGGCUAAGAAUGGGGGAAGUGGACUGGAUGGGGAGAGCUUGAGACUGUUGGAGAAAGAGAGGAAGAGUUAUAUUCGGAAUGGGUUGGGGAUUGAGAAGGGGCCGAAGAGGGAUCGGUUUAAGGAGAUUAAGAAGCGGUUGAGUCAGAUCUCGAUCGAGUUUCAGAAGAAUCUGAACGAGGAGAAUGGUGGUAUUUGGUUCACCAAGAAGGAGCUUGAGGGUGUACCGGAUGAUGUUUUGCAGGGAUUUGAGAAGGGUACCGGUGAGAAUGAGGGUAAAUUACGGUUUACCUUCAAGUAUCCUGAUUUGUUCCCGACUUUGAAGUUUGCGCUUGAUGCGGAGACUAGACAGAAGGUGUUCAUUGAGAAUGAGAACAAGUGCAACGAAAACGUACCCCUCUUCAAGGAAGCUAUCAUCCUCCGAGAUGAAGCUGCUAGACUUCUUGGAUACCCAGAUCACGCAUCAUUCCGUAUUGAAGACAAGAUGGCGAAGACCCCAAAGACAAUCAAUGAUUUCCUGGAUGAUCUUAGACAACAACUCACACCAGGUGGAGCCAAAGAAGUCGCUCAUCUUCUUGAUAUUAAGAAAGAUGAUUUGAAGUCUAGAGGUUUAGAGUUCUCUGCCGAUGGCAACUACUAUCUCUGGGACUCUCGGUUCUAUGGCCGGAUGAUGGUUGAGAAGGAGUUCUCGAUUGAGGAGCAGAAGAUUGCAGAGUACUUCCCGCUACAGUCCACUGUGGAUGGAAUGCUUAAGAUCUUCGAAGAAUUGUUUGGCUUUGUGUUUGUCGAGCUUACCGCUGAGGAUAAAGCAAAGAUCUCAAGCACUGGUAAGGGCGAAGAUAUCUUCUGGCAUGAAGAUGUCAAGACAUUUACUGUCUGGGAUGACGAGGAAGAAGGAAACGGCUUUGUUGGUUACCUCUACCUUGAUCUACACCCCCGUCCAGGAAAGUAUGGCCACGCUGCCAAUUUCAACCUCCAGCCUGGCUUCCUCUACCCUAACGGAACUCGUCGCUAUCCAGCUACAGCCCUGGUAUGCAACUUCUCCAAACCAACACCCACCAAGCCAUCCCUUCUCAAACAUGAUGAAGUCGUCACACUUUUCCACGAACUCGGCCACGGUAUCCACGACCUAGCAGCACGAACCAGAUACUCCCGCUUCCACGGCACAUCAGUGGUCCGCGAUUUCGUCGAAGCCCCCUCCCAAAUGCUCGAGAACUGGUGCUGGACCCCGUCUCAACUCAAAUCCCUCAGUAACCAUUACUUAACCGGCGACAAGAUCACCGACGAUCUCAUCGAGAAGCAAAUCUCCGUCAAGCACGUCAACGACGCGCUCUUCAACCUCCGCCAGCUCCACUUCGGCAUCUUCGACAUGACCAUCCACACGCCCGCCUCGCACGCUGAGGCCGAAUCCUUCAAGCUCUCGGAGAUGUACAACCAGCUCCGCUCUGAGAUCUCCGGCCUCAAAGGUCCUGAGGAACUUGGCCUGAAAUCCGAUUGGGGGAAUGGUCAGGCUACUUUCGGUCAUUUGAUUGGUGGGUAUGAUGCUGGAUAUUAUGGGUAUCUGAGUAGUCAGGUCUACUCGACGGAUAUGUUCUAUAGUGUCUUCAAGAAGGAUCCUAUGAGUAGGACGGAGGGCAGGAGGUAUAGACAUAUGGUGUUGGAGAAGGGAGGGAGCCAGGAGGAGAUGAAGACCCUGGAGGACUUUUUGGGGAGGAAGCCGAGUACUGAGGCGUUUUAUAGGGAGUUGGGGUUGGUUGCUAAGUAGAGGGGUGUCUGCUUGGGUUGAGGGCCAGGGUGGAGCAUGCGCGAUGCGUUUGUCGGGGAUGUUGGGGGUGGUAGAUAGAGUAGAGCCGCUGCGCUGAAACAGCGAGCUACUAAGCUAGCUAAUAGCCCACGUGGUAGAGUUAGAGCUGGGGCGAUGAUAUUCAUUGAAAAAACAUCAAUUUCGAACCUCAACCAGGAUUGAUCCUCCCAAAUCUGCAUAAGCUCGUCUCCUCUAUACAAUCGAUUUUCUCAUUUUCUCUUUUCGCCUCGCUCUCCCCUUUACAGCUACCUGCCACGCUCUUGAAUCGAAAUACAACAGAAGAUCAGCUCAAGCAACGUCUGAGUGUGAUCUAGGGAUGGUAAUAGGAGAAGGGAGGCAAAUCCGCAAGUAAGAUAGUAGGAAAAAAAGAGGAGGAGGAAGUAGGAACGUCCCUGGGCUGGCUGCUGACGUCCAGACUUCGGACUCUUGGCAGUCUUGAUUCUCCGCACGAAACUUGAACUCGGUAGGUUGAACAUUCCUACGUCAAUCUCAUCAAUCGCAGAUAUCAGUGGCUUAGAAGCGGCUAAAACUCCUAAAUGACUGUCAGCUUAUGCGUUUGAGCCAAAUCAGGUUACCAAUUCGGGAUCUCCACUGUAAUGCUGACGGCAGACCAAAAUUUAGUGUUUUUAUCGCAACAUGGUUUCCAUUCCUAUCUAAAUGUCUUGCGCUAUUGAUCAUACAUUUGCUGCUCUUCUAUUUCAUUAUGGCUCGUAAGAUCAUAGACCGCUUGGAACAUGGGGACGUGCAUCGACUAGAAACCUCCGUCCACCACUUCCAAGAACCCUAAAAAAUUCGUAAAAAAUAAAGAAGCUCUUCUUACAGAAGAACCUCGGGAAUUGAGCCCGAGGUGGGGCUCGAACCCACGACCUUGAGGUGCCGAAAUGAUGUAUAUGUAUUUCAUAAGAGCCACACGCUCUACCGAUUGAGCUACCCGGGCAGUUUGGUCAAC